AUGUUGAUGAUCCUAGGAUUCCCAAUGCAACUAGUUAAUUUAGAAUUUCCAUGUUAUCCUCCAUGUGCCUCGAUGGAAUGGAAAAUAUUGUCAACCUACCUCCGAACUUCACAAGGAUUGAAGAUAUCACUUGAGUUCAGCAAGAAAACGGAGAUUCUCGUAGAAGUACGCAAAAUGGACAUCACGGACGUAUUGUCAUUCGUUGGAGGUGGAACUUCGCUUUUCCUUGGCUGUAGUUGUGUGACCCUAAUGGAAACGUUCGUAUUUCUACUCAAACUCGUGCUACAAUCAAUCAAUAAGGAAUCAUAUGAGGGAAUCGGUGUAGCUAAUGAGUCGGAAGUUGAUGAUAUUGUUACCGCUUCGAGAUACUCUCAACCCUUAAUUUCGGAUACACAUAUUCCACAGAGGAUCCCAUCAAGAAUCGACGUGAAUGAGGAAGAUGUUAUCGUACCCACUAGCAUGCAGGCGUCACCGCAUAAAUCGAUUCAUUGUGUUCGUUUCUUACAUUCAGUGGAGGAUGACGAAAACGAUACGCAUCGGCGGCAUUACAGACCUCGUCCACCCUCUCUAUCAGAGUUGAAAUUCAGCAGCACAUUCAACGAAAUGGAUACGCACAACAUCGAACGUUCUCUGAAAAAUCUUCCGUUGAGUCAAAGGCUUACUUUUGACGGCAACAUGGAACGUCGUCGCCUGAAGCGACAAAGCGCGGUCGAUAUUCCAGAUGACAAACUUGACCAAUACCUUAGCGAUCCAAGUGGCAAGCAUUCGAUUUGUGACGAUUUCGAUCGAAAACACCCAGCUCGGGUUAAAAUUCGUCGAAUUUCAAGUGUGACGUCACGUGGCUCGGCGUCUAGCUCUCGUGCCAAUGUGCAUAUCGUUGAGCACCAACGUCGUCAUAGUCAAAUAUUCAACAAAUUCAUGACAAUGAAUGAUUUUUAA